CCACCUAUGCAAACAACUUCACCCUGGAUUGCUGCUUAAUUUCAAAAAUGCCACUACCCACGUGACAUUUCACAAGCUUAUGUGUGCGCUGGAGAAAAUGACACAUGUCAUGGCCAAUGCAUAGACUACAACUUCCUUUGAAAGUUUGGUGACAACAGCUUGCUUGGGAAGUUGUUUUUUGAAAUUAGAACCUUGCUUUUAGAAUCAUGUAUCUCGCUGCUUUCUUCUUUCACCGCUCCCAUUCUUCGACGCACUCUACGGUUGUGAAAUUGCGGAGAUCAUGUCGGAGAAUGCUGAUAAAGACGACUCUUCUUGGCGUUUAUUUACGUCUGAGGAUAUGAUUAAUGGUUACAAGGCUCUUAAAAGAAUGAAAAUUGCUAGAAAUGUGAAGAAAGCUUCUGGAUUCAUGGAUAGGGAGGCAGGAGUAUUAUCUGUCAACAGCGCAUAUGCAGCAAACAGUUCAACAGUAUCUUCUACGACCUCCUCUGAGAAUAUCAAAAGCACCUCUUGCAAAAACAAGCUUCGACAGAAAACACCUCUAAGGACUCCAUUUACUGAUAUUACUAAUAAAAUACCUAGAACCAAUGAUGACAGAGAUAAGGCCAAAGCAAAAUAUAAAAUGAGAGGGAAUGCCCGACUGAAAUACCUUGGUCGGAAUCUCCUUGAUGAUGAGCUGAGUAAAAAUCAGACUGCCUCGGCUAUUGUUGAUGAUGAGAAUUGUGAGAUGCCAAGGUUUGAAGAUUGUGAUCAUUCUCUAUUUGAAAUGGGCAGUUCAAAUGGUAAGGAUAGUUUUGUUUCUUGA